ACACGUGCCCAGUAAAAUUUCAAUUGUACAAUAUUCCCUAGUUCAGAGAAAAAUAAUAUAAAACAAGAAAGAACAUGCCUCCCAUAUCACAGGAAGGCAACUGCCUAAUAUAUCGUGGAAGUAAUUUCUUCAAACAACGUCUAAUCCUAUCGGUGCUGAGUGGGAAGCCAGUAAAAAUCACACAAAUUCGCUCUGACGAUGAAGCCAAUCCGGGAUUGCGGGAGUACGAAAUUGGUUUAAUUCGUCUAUUGGAUAAGUUAACAAAUGGUACAAAAAUUGAAUUAAAUCCUGCCGGUACAUCGGUGAUGUUUGUUCCUGGUCUGCUGCACGGUGGUCAGCUGCAUCAUGAUUGUAGCUGUCAGCGUAGCAUUGGUUAUUAUUUAGAUGUUUUGAUUGCUUUGGGACCCUUCUGUAAGGUGCCGCUGAACGUGACAUUGCGUGGCAUUACCAACAGCAAAGAUUCACCUUCGGUGGAUCAUAUCAAAGGUGCUGCUAUAUCGGUGCUCAAACGUUUCCUGGUCGUCGAUGAGGGUCUAGAAUUAAAAGUUGUUAAGCGAGGAGUUGCUCCCCUGGGAGGUGGUGAAGUUUUAUUCAAGUGUCCGGUACGCAAAACCCUACGAUCCAUACAAUUCACCCAACAGGGUAUGGUGAAACGUAUACGAGGUACUGUCUAUGCCUGCAAAGUAUCACCGGCAAUGGCAAAUCGUACAGUGGAAGCGGCCAAGGGUGUCAUGUUGAAAUUCCUGCCCGAUGUAUAUAUUUAUACCGAUCAAAAUCGUGGUAAAAUGUCUGGUAAUUCACCUGGAUUCGGUAUAUGUUUGCAUGCAGAGACCACCGAUAAUGUGGUCUUCGCUGCCGAGGUGAAUUCCCAUACAAAAGAUGAAGCCGGGGAAAGAGAUCCUUCGGUGCCUGAAGACAUGGGCAAGGAGGCUGCAUUACGUUUGCUGGAUGAAAUCUAUCGUGGAGGCUGUGUUGAUUCGGCAUAUCAAUGGCUGGUGGCGUUGUUCAUGACAUUGGGUCAGAAAAAUGUAUCCAAAUUUAUGACGGGUCCACUAUCUUCAUACACUGUUCACUUUUUGCAACACUUGAGAGAUUUCUUCUCAAUAACCUUUAAACUAGAAAAUCCUGAAACAGAAGAUGAUGACGAUUCGGUUGCUGGAGCCCAAAAAGUGUUGAUGACAUGUGUGGGAAUUGGUUAUACAAAUAUUAGUAAAAGGGUUAUUUAAAAUUGAAUUGUUUCAAUUGUUAAUUAUAAGAAUAAUCUAAGUUUUAUUUAGAUAUUGUAAAAUAAAAAAAUACGGAUUUUUUAUUCAA